AAAGGGUCACCUGAAGAACUCUGCUUUUCAGUGUAGAGGAUACAGGCAGUGUGCACAUAGCAGGGUCCCGACCUAACGUGCAACAACAGACAUUCAGAGAGUUCAGCAUGCCAGAUAUGAACCCAGCAUGAACCCAGAUAACGCGCUGAUCUGAAGGAAACAGCCGACCAGUUGAGUCUCAGGGAAGAAUGGACAGAGUUGACGACGACUCCUGGUGUGCGUCUGGUCUCUAAGCCUCGUUCUUGGCUGUGAACAUUGGGACCAUGGUGUGUAAGAUGAAAGGCCAUCCCAGGGGAAAUUACUGGGGCCUUGGAUUUGUUUGGGUCCUUGCAGGGCCACUGUGCUUUUUGACCCUUCCGGGCUACUGUAGUCUCCUGCUGCUGGUCUGGGUCCUCGGGUGGAGUUACGUGGUCCUCGGCAGGAAGGGGGAGAUGCUGGAGAUGUGUGGGAGAUCAGUGCUGAUUACAGGGAGUGACACAGGUUUUGGUCACGCUCUAGCUAAGAAGCUGUAUGACAAGGGAGUGACUGUCUUUGCCGGAGUCCUGGAUGUGAAGAGUCCUGGAGCUGUGGAGCUGCGGAGGCGUGGUGGCGGGUCCUGGGGUGGGGGCGGGACUGGGGGGGGUGAGAGCGCUGGGGGGGGUAAGGGGACUGGGGGGGAGCUGCAUGUUCUUCAGCUGGACGUGACGGACCACGAGCAGAUCCAACAAGCUCACCAAUACAUCUGUUCCCACGUUGGAGAAACUGGGCUCUGGGGCGUGGUGAACAACGCGGGAAUCCUGGGAUAUGUAGCAGACGGGGAGAUCUUGCCUCUCAGAGUGUACAGACAGUGCCUGGCAGUCAACUUCCUGGGAGCAGUGGAUGUCUGUCAGGUGUUCCUCCCCCUGCUGAGGAGAUCCAGAGGACGUGUGGUUAACGUCUGCAGCAUGGCAGGAGACGUGCCAAUCCCGUGGUUUGCUGCGUAUGCUGCAUCCAAGGCUGCGCUCAUCCGCUUCAGUGGAGUAAUGAGACUGGAACUGGCCAGAUGGGGGAUUCAAGUAGCCAUAGUCCAACCAGCAGGAUUCAGAACAUGUAUAUUCGGGAGCAGUGAAGAGUGGAAUCGAUGCCAAGAGGAGAUCCUCACAAAUCUCUCAAAUGAUGCAAGGGAGGACUAUGGAGAAGAUUACAUCUCGUCUAUACAGAACUGCUUCGCCAGCAUGGUCAAUCGGUCAGAAGAGGACCUGGGUCCUGUGCUGGAUGUCCUGUGCCAUGCCCUGAUGUCUCCAGCACCCAGACCCCUCUACUCCCCUGGACAAUGUGGCUGGCUCAUUCCCUUCCUGCACCGCCACUGUCCCACCAAGCUGUAUGAUGUCAUCAUCACAAGCUUGUUUCAGUUUGAUGGCUGUUACACUCCACAUGGGUUACAAAAGAACGUGUGCUCAAUUAAUUCUGAGAUUUCGUGACCUAUGCUGAGAUCCACUUCCUGUCAGACAAGUUAGGCGACAGUAUGCAGGUAUUUCUCUGUAUUCAGCUAGGUAAUGCUUUCAAGAUUAUAAUCUCUCUACGUUCCACAUAGCUGUGCAUUAGACUUGGUCUAUCUGGUCGAUCUAAAUUAGCUCAAGAAAAAAAUGUAUGCAUUUUAUGUGCCUUUUUAGAUUUGUCUACGGAUAUCUUCCUUCAGCAUGACAUGUAAA